CGAAGGAGACUUGUUUACUCUGACAGUAGCAACGAACCCACAACAGCUUGGAUUAAAGUUGUGGUUAAAUUUGCAAAGGCGCUAAAUCCUUCACCUCUCCGCUUAAAUUCGACGACCAGGGCAGAUUAAAAGGGUAUUAUCUUCAAUGGAAUCAUGCUGAAGCCUGGAAAUAAUUAUUUAUCGCCUAGAUCUCCUGGAAAUAACAACAAGAAGAAUGGGAAUUCUAGGCCCAAAUCAAAGAAAGGAAACAUAACGGCUGCAAAAGGCAGCUCAGGAGUUAAAUCCCAAGCUUCUAAGGAAAAGGAAUCCAAUUUGUUUGAAAUAAUACUGGAUGAUGAAAGAAAAGAAACUGCUGCAAGCUCAAAAAAUAAUGUCGAAGACAAGGUUGCUAUAGAACAGGUUGCUAUGGACGGUGGUAUGAAAGGCGGAACAAAAAGAGUAUUACGAGAUAAAUUUGGUCAUAAAAUGUAUCAGAAUGCUUCAAAUAUCUAUGCAUAUCUAAAAGGCGAGAUAAAUGCUUCCGCAAUCCCAUCGUUUAGCGACGAGUACCAGAAAAGAAGGAGUUAUAGCAUUGCCUUUGCUGCUAAGAGAUAUGAAGAGGUGUUGAAAGAUGUUCUGUUUGACAGCCAUUUUUACUCGAUGUAUUCCAGGCUUGAGGCACAACAUCACAAUAAGGUAAUAGUGAUGCUGAUGGACUACUAUGAUCAUAACUUCAGGUUCAGCGAUUCAAAACGAGUAGUAAUUAGCGAAGACACACAAGAGCCACAAGAACUCAUACGUGAAAUCCAAGAGGCAAUCGUUUCACAUCAAGUGCAUUUAUGUGCAUCGUUCGCACGAUGUCGUAUCCGGGACUGUGCACUCUGUCUUGAGGAUUUGGUCAAUGACGGGAAUAAAGAGGCACUCAAGUAUGCCAAGCAGCAACCUCUCUAUGGCCGUAUAAAUACACUGAAAACUACAACGGAUGACGUCAUGAAUUUGUUGAUAAAUGAAGGCUUCGUCUUAGCGGAAGAUACCGAGCUAGGAGAAUUAACUGGUAAAAUGUUUCGUAAGGACCCUCAUUUUGGCGAUAUGUUAGUAUUUUCAAAGGAAUGUAAGGACGAUGUCUAUUCCCUCAACAUAACCAUGGAUUUAUGGCUGUAUCCUCAGGACAAGGGAAAGUACGUCAUCGUUGAAGUAAUGAAGAGUCUUCUCGUUGAGAUGGCAGUCCAGAAGGACAAGGCAAUGCAUUUGAUUCCUGGUGAGAUGAAGUCAUUCCUUACCGAUGGAGAUGAUGUGCUACUAACAAACCCAGACUCAGGAUCUUUAUCUGCACAUUUGGCAGCAUUCAUUAACCCAGAAAGAAAACUCUACAUCUGCGGAUGUGGGACAGACUCGAAAUCGAGCUUUGAGAGCAAAAUCCUUGCGAGUGGAGUUAAAAAUUUUGAACUGGUUGAAGAAUCGUUUACGGAAGUUUCACAUCACGACGAACGGUUAAAGCGCGUCAGAAUCGUCAUGUGCAAUGUUCCGUGCUCAAAGUCUGCUGUCGUCAACCCGGUAGAUUUCGUGUUGCAAGAGGGGAACGUAGCCGCUAAGUUACUCAGCGGCAAGGUAGACACAGGAAAACAAAAGGCCAUAAUCUCUGAGGAACUCAUGAUUAUAAAGCACGUAAAAUUCACUCAGGCUCAGUCGAUUCUUUAUUUCACCUCAUCGGACAACUCAGCAGAAAAUGAAGACCUUAUAAUGAAAGCACUCAAAGAUCAUCGCGAGGACACAUCGGUGAAAAAUCCUUUCCAGCUAUCACCAUUCUUGCCCGACCUGGUUUCAAAUCUGAGAGUUCACGUGCAACAUUCAGAGGGUGGGAUGCAAGAGAUUUUCAUUGGCAGCGAUGAAAAAUAUCUCAAAUUGAAGCCAUCCUCUCGUAUGAACGGUUGCUUUGUGGCACUACUGAAAAGACAGUAUGCAGAAGCUUCUCCAAAGGAUAUUAUCGACCGAUCUGCGAAGAAAGGACUGACGUCCAAAAACAAGAUAAGCAAGAAAGCCCAGAAGCACGUCAAGUCAGAAGUGAUGAAAUCUGAAGACAUCGACACAGACCAACAAGAGAUCACGAGGAAAGACUCGCAGACUGACAAAAGGCUUUUCCAUAAGUUUUUCUAAGGUGCCUUGACGGUUGGUAUUAACGCUUUGCUGGAAUAUUCAUGAUUGUGUAUUUGAUGCUUAUUUGAUGAUGAUAAUUUGCUGACGUGCUUUUGUGACAGAAUAAGAUAUUGUAGCCAUACUUAAGCAAAAGCAAAAAAAAUGUUGCUGGUGUAUAAAGGGUAUAUUGAGAAAGGUGGCCAAUUUCUUUCCUUUAUGUUAUAGGUAGCCUAGAUUUUAUUCUCUGAUUUAACAAAGGAUGCUAGUUUCCUGGCUACAUUACCUUUCCUUCACAUCAGUACCAAUGAACCAAUGUGAUAUUAUUUUCCCAAGCACACAUUUUUGGCGCAUAAAAGUAGUUUCUUGAAGAGUAGCAAGUAACAUUUCUGCAACAUGUUGUGCUUUAGGAGGAAUUCCAUUGAAAUAUCAACAAACGCUUUAGAAUGUAGAACGUGAUGCAAGCACUAAAGGAUAUUUAACACUGAAUAAGAAAACAUUUCAUGAAAACUUAAGUGGAUAAAAGAUUGGAAGGGAGAAACAAGAAACUUACAGGCAACGAGUCGGUUUAUUAGAACUUGUAUUGUUGGGGUAUUGGAUCUUCCUGUGAUUUUCAUGUGAUCAAUUACGUUUGCUUCCCAUCUUUCCAAAACACAAACAUUUGCUUCAUGUGUUUAUCAACACCAUUGAAGAUGCAAGUCAAUCACAUGCAUUUAUCGACAGGAUCCAAAGAUAUAGGUCAGAAAUGUUUGGCCAGGCGAUAUUUAAUUGCCCCCUGCUCAAUUUAUACCUCAAGUUCCUGAAAUUUCUAGUUGUUUCAUCUUUUUUGGUUGGACGAACUUUUUCUUCCGUUUAAUAUUUAUUUCAUUAAGGUAGAAAUGGAUGUUUCUUCCAAGACAGGGAGUAACCUGAAUAAUUCGUGACGUUGUUUUUUGAAAUAGAAAAUAGCAGUCAAUGAAACUUACAUUUCCUCGGGUUGAACGUCAACCCUGAUUAGUAAGAAAAUAUGCCAGAACCAGUAAAAUAUAUUUAGAGAGAAAGUUUCUUCGUCAAAGCUAACAAGACUAGGAAUUGGGAUUGCUUUCUUAAAGCCCCUGGGCCCGGUUGGAAAAAUAAGGGAAAUAAAUUUCAAAGCACAUACAAGAUUUAAUAUUUUUCACCUCAAAGUAAUUUAUUUAUUGAUGACAGAGAGUUAAUUCUUAAUGAAACUUGAUAAUGUAUUAUUGAAAAUUGUUCUCUAUGCAUGUACAGAUUUAUAAAUUUUAAAUCAAACGUUUCAGAUGAUUUAUAUGAAAGAUUAUAAUAUAUUUGCUAACAUUUGCUCUUUAUAGUUAUUAUUUGAUUUUCAUACAA